CUGUCAAAAUCUUCAAAGCGCAUGUUUGUGGGUAAAUUUUGUAUGUGAGUUGGAAAAGAAAAGAAGUGUUCCUUUAUUUUACCAGCCAUUUGGAAGCAACAUUUGUGAUAUUAAAUUACCAUUUUCUCAUUAAAUCUGCACAGCAUUACGGUAACAUGUCGUCCGAACAAUCAAACAUCGCACAGAACGCUGCGAAGACAACCGGCGACGGUAAUAAUGCGAACACUACCCCACCGAAGGUGGUGCUGACUGAAGACCAGCAGGCAAUAUUUGAUCGCAUUGCGAAGAAUGAAAAUAGUGAGUUGCGAUUGUUGCUGUCCCAGUACAAAUCUAGCGUAGAUUUUGUGGACGAGAAUGGUAUGACACCGUUGCAGCAUGCCGCGUACAAGGGCAACAAGGAAGCGGUUCAGCUGCUGCUCGACCAGGGAGCGGAUGUAAACUCGAGCAAGCAUGAGUAUAACUACACCGCGCUACAUUUCGGUGCCCUGUCCGGGAAUGCGGAAGUUUGCCUGAAGUUGCUGCUGGCCGGUGCCGAACCGAAAGCGAUCAAUUCCGUCGGUCGUACGCCGGCACAGAUGGGUGCGUUCGUUGCGAACCAUGAAGCGGUCGGAACGAUAAACAAUUUCGUACCACUGAAAGACGUCGAGUGCUAUACGGUUGACCGGGACCAGAAAGAACCCUUACUGCCGGUGGUACUGUUGGAACCGUUCCAUAGUUUCAUAAUGCAGGUUAACAUUCACCCGGUACGGAUACUGUUGAACCUGCAGAAGUACGGUCUGUUCGCUUCGGACAUGAAAAGCUUGAGAGCGGUGCUGGUAGACAUGAUGGAGCGUGAGAUGAAGCGUCGCGGCGAGGUGAACGAGGUCAUGGCCUUUAAGUAUCAUUAUCUCGGGUACGUGAUGGGAGAAAUUGUGAAGCAUCGUGACUACAUAAACUCGCGGCGCGAUGCGCAACAAGAUCCAAAGACCGAUUUCGUGGAGCUGUUUGCAAAGCGCGUUCUCAAACCGAACAAGGACGGUACGCUAGAGUACGUAGAAGCGCUCGUGCGCGAAUGUGUGCGAGAAUUUCCGUUCCGUGAUUGUACCAUCUUCCGGCAGAUGGUGACACAACUUACCAGCAAGGAAAAUUUAGCACCGGCUCUUGAUAUUAUCCGGGCGGCAAUAAACGGGCAGCGCGGUUUCCAGGACACGAUCACCUUCUGUAGCUCCUGCGGCGAGGAAAAACCGGACAAAAAGUGUUCCAAGUGCAAGGAGGUACAGUAUUGUGACCGGCAGUGUCAACGAUUACAUUGGUUUACCCACAAGAAGGUAUGCAGUCGACCGUCCGUAGCAGCUGGUGAGGGACAACAUUCCGCACCGAAGGAUAUCGAUUCGACGGAAAUCAGUGAGCAGCUGCAGAAGCUUGUCGCCGGUUGAAACGGAACCCGACCGGCAGGGCAGUAAAGUGAUCUGGACACUCGCAAAUAGCACUAUUUUAUGUCUGUCCCAUUGUGUGUACUGUGUUUAUGUGAUUGGUGAACGAAAAAAAAAAACAAAAACGAAGGCCAUGUUUAGUGGGUAGCAGAGGUUUAACUAAAAUGUCGCAUUUUCCAUGGUCAGUGUCGGUGUAAUGUAACAUUGAAAUGAGAUCAAUCGUGUUCCAAUAAAUAAUGCUGGUAAUUAUUAGCUGA